CCGGACAGAAUUUAUAAUUAUGAUGAUAAAUUCCAGCUAAAUGGGCUUCGAGGUGGUCCGUUGUGUUUAUUAGUGUUUACAACGUGUCGCCAUCAGAAAAGUUGCUGCAGGAAAGGAACCAUCAGAAAAUCAAAAAUUAGAAAACCAGAGAGUGACUGAACGGACAACGACUUUCCUCAAUAAUUGCAGGCAGCUGCCCUUCCGCUCUUUCCUCUGCCCUGCCACCACCACCCUCAGCCGUCAGUCGCCGCCGCGCCACUCACACCAGACACCACUAACUGAACCCAAAUUCAAUAAAUAAUAGAAAAUAGAAAACAACCCACUUUCUUCAGCUUUGCUCCUAUCCUAUUUAAACAUUUUUCACCAGACCCCUACUUCCCCUUUUACUCCCCCCCUCUCUCUCUCUUUCUUCCACAUAAAACCCAAUGGAAGACCCGGAGACAGAUGCGCCGGAGCCUCUCCGCCGCCGAAACUCCAUCGCCACCGACGCCGUCCCCAUCCCCUCAAGGCUCAGUCUUCACACUUCCAGCCUCCCUCCGACAAACGGCUUCCUCACCGACUUGGAGCUCUUCUCCCUCAAAUCGCCGCCGGGAUUUUCUUCCUACACCUCACUCAAAGACCUUAUGCCUUCCUCCGUCGUUAACUCCCCCGCCGCCGCCGCGCACGGGAGCGCCUCUGUGUUCCACGACUCCGCCUACGAAAUCUGCAUCAGGAACCAUCUAGUGAAGCAGGCCGCUUGGGCUUACCUCCAGCCCAUGUCAUCCUCCCCUGGCUCCGCCAACCCUCACUUCCUCCGCCGCCUCUGGUCGAAGCUCGCCGCCCUCAGCGGCCCCAUCAAGGCCUGUUUCCGAUUCCUUCAGCUCCGUCUAAUUCCCCGCAUCGUCCAUGCUUUAGACAGGAUGUUCCGUGCAGUUGUGGUUGGAAUUUAACUUAACAGAUUGAUGAUACCGCACACAAACUCGGGAGCAGAGAGAAACAGAGUAUGGGUUUCCAUCGCUUGGAUGAGAUAUCGGGAGGGACGAUUGGCGGUGAUUCUUUGUGAAGUCGUUUUCUACAACGUGAGAGAGCAUAUGCAUAUAUCAUCUGUUCAUACCCCAUUGCAGUUGCAGGGACCAAUAUUCAUCAUCAGUCCAGAUGCUCUGCCCACUCACAACCAAACCAAUAAUUACGAUCCAUACACGACAUAACCUCUUUUUUAUGAUUGGGGGCACACGAGAGCUUGGCCUUCCUUUAGUUUAGGCUACUCUUCAACUUUUGAAUGGCUGUUCAAGUGUAAAAUCUUUGUCAUCCUGAUAAUUUUUCCUCGUGUUUGGCAUACACAACAACAAUCUGAUCCCAAAUCAAAUGACUGGAAAGUCGUAAACGCGAUACUUGUUCGUAUUCAGUGCUAUAGCCGAAUCACAACGAGAGGCUCAUGUUCAGGGAAUUUUUUGGCAAAGCAUGUAGUAAUUUGGGGUAUUAAAAAAACCCAAGUGCCAAAGCUGGAGAGACGAUGACUGGUACGAUAAAUAAUGGCCAAUCGAAGUAACCAAUGGCCGACCGCUUUGUUUGGUCACUGUUUGAACUAAGAGCCUCUUCUUGCUCUACUUGUGAACGGAAGAAACAAAGGAAAGGAGAGGUUGGGUGUCCACAUCGCCACUUGCUACCUCGCCAAAAACACUGGGUCCUAGUGAUAUAUGUCACUUUACUUUAACAAAGAUUUCAUUCGUCC